AUGCUUCGCUUGCAGCCCUUGUACGAAGAGUUCAUCGCUAAAGCCAAGAGGCUCUUCCGAGGCGCUCGGAAAGGGGAGGCAGGACAGAAGUUUCCUCCCUGCCUCGAGGAGUCGAGCUUUCUCAACGAGAGCGAUUGGGCAGUGCUGAGGACGUUUGACGAGAUCCUCUCCGACUUUCACGUUGUUGUCCAAGUGCUUCAGAGAGACGGAAAGCCGCGAUAUCGAUCGUCUGGGGUUAGGGAAACCUUUGGCUCUAUGACUGAUGUGCUGGAGGCGUUCGAGUUCCUGCUCGGGAAGCUCGAGGACGCAAAAUCGCAGAUUGAGAGGCAUCCCGAGCCCGAGCAAUUUGGUAUCAAUGUCAAUCAUGGCUGGGUGAAGCUCGACAAAUAUUACAAUACUCUAAGGGACUCGCCAGUAUACUACGCCGCCGCCGCCUUACACCCUAGCCUACGAUGGGACUAUUUCGACGAGGUUUGGGGGCAACAGCAUCCGGCUUGGGUCGACGAAGGGCGGGAUAUCUCACGUCUCCUGAAGGUCCGGUUGUAA